GAGUCUCUGCAGCGUGCUUUAUGAGGCCAGCUUCGUGAUGACAUUAAAUUUCACGUCAGGAGUCUGCGCUGCGUGCGCGCUCCCACGCGGCACCGGCGUCUCUCUGACGUCACCGCCCUAUGAUCAUCCGAAAUCCCUGAUAACGCGGACGCGCGCUCCCGCUCGGCUCUGAAUGGGGGCUCAGUCCAGCCUGUGACAGCUCGUCCAGUAGUACGAACCGCAGACGCCUCGGUCCGCUGCUCCGGUCGGCUCCGCUGUGCUCAGACACUCCGCUAGCGAACGGCGCCGCUCCUCCGGUAGUCCCCGUCCGUUCAGGUAGUAUGGUCGCGCACUGACAGUCCCACUAGUUCGCUUAGUGUACUGACUCUUCUCUUCUUAGCCCGGCAAGUUAGUGUCACUGACGGGUGGAGCUGUCUCUGUCUGUCCAGGAAUGAGAAAUGAUGGCCGGCUCUGCAGCAGAGGAGAAAACCUUCCGACGGUUCCUGGAGCUCUUUCUUCGGGAGAUGAGAAUGCCUCUGCAGGAGAGCGACCCGCUGCCGAUGCGCCCCUUGACGGACCUGGUGUCUGAGGAGGAGGUGGAGGGGGAAUGUCUGGACUUGUGCCUCCAGCACCUCUACAAAUAUAACUGCCCCUGCUCCCUGGCUGCCGCUCUGGCCCGAGCCACCGCAGACAGCAUCAUGCAGACUGACCUCUCCAUCCACCACCUCAACAAGACUGUGGAAGAUGGAGCUGACCCAUUACCACAGUUGGAGUCUGUGAAGCUUGCCCGGCUGGUGUUCAACAGCCUCUUCGAGAUGUGCUGCCUCUGGAUGAAGGAGCUGCCCUUUCGCCGCCGCCCACAGCCAUACUACGAAACGUCCAUCCACGCCAUCAAGAACAUGAGGCGCAAGAUGGAGGACAAGCACGUUAUCAUCCCUGACUUCAACACACUCUUCAACGUUCAGGAUCAGGAAGAACAAGCAUUCUUUGCUGUGUUCGACGGUCACGGCGGGGUGGACGCUGCCAUUUAUGCCGCCAACCACCUGCACGUCAACUUAGUUCGACAGGAAUCCUUCAGCCAGGACCCCGGCGAGGCACUCUGCAAAGCUUUCAAACUCACAGACGAACGCUUCGUGAAGAAGGCUAAACGAGAGACCCUGCGUUGCGGCACAACAGGCGUGGUGACGUUCCUGCGGGGCCGGACGUUGCACGUGGCCUGGCUGGGUGACUCUCAGGUCAUUCUGGUCAGGAGAGGGCAGGUGGUGGAGCUGAUGAAACCACACAAACCAGACAGAGAGGAUGAGAAGAAGAGGAUCGAGGCUCUGGGAGGUUGUGUGAUCUGGUUCGGCACAUGGAGGGUCAAUGGCAGCCUGUCUGUAUCCAGAGCAAUAGGCGACUCGGAACACAAGCCCUACAUCUGUGGCGAUGCAGACCAUAGUAUCUUCCCAUUGGACGGCUCAGAAGACUAUCUGAUUCUGGCCUGUGACGGCUUCUGGGACACAGUGAUUCCGGACGAGGCGGUGCGAGUGGUCAGUGACCAUCUCCAGGAGAACGCUGGAGACACCACCAUGGUCGCCCACAAGCUGGUGGCCUCGGCCCGAGAUGCCGGCUCUAGUGAUAACAUCACUGUCAUAGUAGUCUUCUUGCGGGACCCACGUUCUCCGGCACCCACCAGCACUGAGGACGAGGAGGAGGGCGCGGUGGAGGGGGAGAUGGAGGAGGAGGAGGUCGCAGAGGUGGAGGAAGAGGAGCAGGAAGAAGAAGAAGAGGAGGAAGAUGAAGCAGUCAGGGUAGAGCGUGAUGGCGGUGAGGGAGGCAGCACUGCGGACAUUGGGGGGAAGGGCCGCGGAGGUUGGCCCCUGCAGCAGUGCUCCGCUCCCGCUGACCUCAGCUACGAAGACCGAACGGACUCGUUCACGGACAGAACUAGCCUCAGCCUGUUGGGGCCGUCGCUGGAGGGUCGCAUCUCCCUGAUCAGAGGCUCCAGGCAGCCCUGCUUCAACUUCAGCCCCGACCUCUUCACAGCCUCCCACAUCUACCGAGAAGAACGCCCACUGAGGCGCAGGUCCUGCAUCCCUUUUCAGGAGCCCAGCACCUCUAGCUUCACGGACCCACUGUGGCCCCAGACAGCCAUGCUGUUAGGCCAGGCAGUGAGGCGAAGCCACAGGCUUGGUUAUGGUAGUCGCCGGUGGCGCCGAAGGUGGCCCGGCAAAUCCAGGGAGCUGCUAGGCCUGUCAUCAUCUGGCCCCUUGCUGCCCUGCAUGCAGCACUGCUCCAACCGGAGGCCUGGAGUGGCAGUGCCUCAACUGCCCCAAGAUGUCACCAUCUGAAGAGGUGACCCAAACCAAACCAUCUCCUUCAUUUCUUCAGCCCUGCUCCCUGCCCCUCCACCCCCUGACCCACCCACCUUUGCCUUCAACAACACGUCUUUCUUCGAUAGUUGGUAGUUGUGGCUCCUGCAGUUGUCAUGUGAUUAUUGAAUCUCUGUUGGAGGAGUGGUGCUCUGUCCCAAGCCGAAAUGUUUCCAAAUGUAAGCUGGCCCUCUAAACACAAGCCCUGCUCCUUAGUGCUGUAGGUAAAGCGCAAAACUGCAUCCUCUCCAUUGUGACCAGUGAUCAGUCAAUAUGAAACCAGAGCUGGAUGUGCAGGUUAAUGAGAUGUGUUCAGACUGAAUGUGAAAUGAGUACUUGAAGCGGCACCACAGCAAACAGUUCGUGGAAAGGCCAUAAAGGACAAGAACAGACACGUUUUGCUGGAGGAAGUGCACUUAAUGUUUGAACUGUGUGACUCUACCUAAAUAAAAGCGAGAGUUUAGAGGCAAAUAACAGAAACAACUGGAGUCACUGGUACAUUUUAAAAUCAAUUGACUGGACUCACACACGUUGUUAGCUAGCUGGAGCUCGAUUCUCCAUUGGACCAUGAAAGCGCCUCAGUGCACAUGCAUUCAGUCUGUACACACAUUUAAGUUUAAUUUAAGUGCUUGGUCGCUCCACAUUCCUUAGACGGAUGUUAUCUAUUUUGGACAGAAAGUAAAAGCAAUAUGGGGUGACUUUGGUUGCUCUGUGGUACAUGAAAUAGAAAAAGAUUAUCUUGCUGUUUAUUUUUCUUGCAGAAGAAUACACUACUUGGCCAAAAGUAUGUGUGAAUAUUAGACCAAUGUGUGGUUGUUGUACAGUAAGGAUUUGCUCCGUUUCAGCCACAACACCAACAGCCUGGUGGAUGGACUUUAGCUGUUUCCUAAGGUAGUAUUACUAUCAUCAGUAUUUUCUAUAAAGAUAUCUACUAGAUAAACAAACUGUUUCUCAUGACCGUAAACAUAUUUUUUGGCAUUCUGUGCUGUGAUUUCCUGUUACUUACUGGAUGAUAUAUAUGUAUAUAUGUCCACCACCACUCAGAUACAUUUAUUAAGGUAAUAUUGCCAAAAAUAUUGGCUAUGAUGAUGAUUUGUUCAUGAACUGUUCCUACAAAGUGAAAAAGACAUUCAUAUCAUCCAUCAUUGCAGCUGUAGAGUAGCGUUAAGACUUCCCAUUAUUGUAACUUAAGAAUCUUAGAACAAAAAUACACAGAACACCAUAUAAAUGGUCCAUCCACACACAUUUUCCUGCACCCAACCUCCUAUUCAAACCAGCAAAGACUAAGAGGUUGACUGUGUGAUCACUUCUCUUUCUUCCCGUUUAAAGUUACCUAGGGUUAGGUGACACACAUCAUCUUUUGUCUUGAGACAGCUGUCGAGAAUGUCGAGCGACCGAGCAUUAAAUUAAGCUCUAAUGGCCUGGCCUGCCUCUUUGUCCCCUCAGCAAUCCUUUGGUGGCAGAUGAAUAACAUCCACGGAGGAGGCCGGAACAAUUGUUGCUCCUGGUUUCUGGGGCUGAAGGCACAUGGUGUUCUGCCCCCUCCUAUACAGUCAGUGACCCCAGCCAUUAUCCAGCUACAAUUUGUCUACAGAUAAAAGCAUUUAGCACUGGAUUAUAAAAGAUUAGCAGUCAGCUACCUGAAUAAAUGCUUAAUGUAGUCCAGUAUUCCAGAUGGGGAUAUACUCCUGGGAUAAUGGGUUUUUUGGGGGCAGGGGAGGGGUAUUUAAAACUAUAUUUUUGUUAUAGUUGUUGGGCCUCAUAGUUAUUGCAAAGUGUUCCAAGCGUAUUUAUGUUCACACAAGACCCAUGGAACAGAAAUAUUUUCCAGCAGGCUUGAUAAGUCCACAACUAUUCAAUGUUGGGCCAGGAUAGUUGAAAGCUGCAGAACACGUGCCUUCCAUGUGUAUGACUAAGGCCUACUUCCUUCACAUUUACCAAUUACUAGAUCCAUAUGUUGAUAUCACACCAUUAAGGACAAGUAUGACUUGUGCUCUCAAUCAAGUCACACUGUGACUUUGUGACAGUUUAAAGGAAUACUUUAAUGUUUUUUGGCCUAUUUGCUCUCUCUGGUAACAGUUAAAUGAGAAAAUUGAUGCCACUCUCAUGUCUGUCUCUCGUCAAAUAUAAACCUACCACCAGCAGCUGAUUAGCUUAGCUUUCGCAUGGGUAUUUAUCAAGAUGGGAGGUUAACCAUAAUUGAUAUACUUAGCAUUUACAGACUUACAAUCUGUCACUUAAUUAGUAAAACCUGUGAAAUCUAAUGUAAUAUAUGUCAAUGAGGACACCACUACCACCCACUAUUUCCUCAAAAUAUGUAAAGAAGUAGAAUAGACAAAGAUUAAAAAUCUAGAGGCUUUGUAAAAGUCUAAGUGCUUCAGUUGAAGGCAAAUGGACUUUUUUUUUUUUUUUGGUUAUUAAGGAUGUUGAAGUCCCAAGUAUUUAUUCUCAUCCUGAAUAACAUGGCUAAUGGACGCCUAAUGACUCGAGACUCAGAUGUACCUAAUACAGUUUGUGCUGACUAUAAUACUUAAGAUGUACUUACCCUUUGUAAUACAUUUCCAAGUGCAAAGAAAUAAAUAAAGAUUCAGUUAAUGAAAAGAACUACAACAAACACUUACCAGUCUGAGUUUCAACAGUGAAGUAAAAGAAAUACUGUAUUGCUACAAUAACAUUAAAAAGCAUUUUUUUGUCAUAUGAAAGUUAGCGUAGUGCUCACAGUCACUUUAUAUUAGCUUAAGAGAAAGAUUACUUACUGUUACGUAUCACAUUUGACAAUUUAUGAACAGUGAAGUAUUGUAAACUAAUUCCUCACCUAUGAAAUAAUAGUUGUUUGUGUUUGGUUUUAGCACAUCUUUCUUUGGAAGUUCCAAAGGAAGUGACAUUUUCUUCUUUUUCCGAGAAACACUAGCCUAGCUUAGCUUAGCAUAAAGACCGAAAUCAGGGAAGAACAGAAAAAUGAUAAAAAAUUAAACGUAGCCUUCGUCUGUUAGCAUUAAGCGUGUCUCUAAAAGUGCACAUUUGAGACUUUUUAUGAGGUUGUCUUCAUGUCAGCCACAGACCUAGCAAAAAUAUGCUAGCGAGGAAUAUGCUAGCAACAGUUACCUUCUAGUUUAAAGACUGGAAGCGGGUGGAAAGGGCAGAGGGUUCAAAAACUGCCAACAAUUUGUCAUUAUUUUACUUGUUAAUGUAUGUUUUAAAUAAACAAUACAUAAUGUAUUAGAAUUUGUGAAUUUUGCUAGCUUUUCAAAAAGCCAGGCAAGCUGUUCCCUUGCUUCUAGUCUUUAUGCUAAGCUAAGCUAAGCUAAGCUAAGCGGCUGGUGGUGGUGCAGUAGCUUCAUAUUUAAGUUGGUGUACAGAUGUGAGAGUGGCGUCAAAUGUCUCAUUAAGAACGUGAACAAGCGUAUUCCCCAACAGCAUAAAGAAAAAAUUGCACAUUUUGUGCCUCGGUAGCCUACGGUAAGAGAGUUAUCAAGUGUAAAUAGAGUUGUGGUGUUAACAGUCCCUGUGCAACAACACCACACAGCAAACAUCCCAGUCAUCAGCAACUGCAAGAUAUCUCCCACCAUCACAGUAGUCCACUGAGGCUGCCUCCCAUGGCCCCACACAGCCUUUAUAAUUGGAUCUGUCUCUGAUAUGAUACAGAUUCUGCAUUGGACUGCCCCCUCCCUGCUGUCUAACAUGCUGCAUUUCAGUUAUCAGGUCACAAACUCAGUUCUUUCUGCCGCCUUUCGUAAGGCUACGACAAAAAAGCCAUAUGUAACUCCAAAUAUCCACUCUGUAGAGUUCCUCUUUAAUGUUCAAUUAUUAUUAUUAUAAUUAACAAACAACUAUGUAACCUCCAAACAAUAAUCCUCCUGCUGAUUUAUGAUACUAUAAUGAAAAGUUUCAUAUUAGACUCAUAUUAAUCCCUUUCUAAUAAGUCUAACAGCACUCAUACCCAGUUAACUGAGCAAGUCUAAUCUGUGGAGACACUUCUGUCACUUUGCAUUAAACAUGUAACCUCCUGUAUCUAACCAUGCUCGAUGACUGUAACUUAACUAUACUGCAGAUUUACUAUGAAAACUACAAGGAAAAUCACCGGCAAACACAUCAACUUCAUAACUGUCAAUCCCUUUCACUUUCAAAGUACUAAAAAUACACCUGUAACCUCAUGUAGUGGAGCUCAUCAUUAUAUAUGCCACAAACAAACACACUUGAAUCCAUUCUUUACACGUUUCUCUUGUGUUUUGGAGUUUGAAAUGGCUAAUGAGGAGAUUGUUAUUGUGAGCUAUUGUUUACCAAUUUAACUGCCAUUUGGACACGUUAAUUAUUUCUGUAAUAUUGUAAUUGUAACCCCAUUUUUCUGUUUGAUGCAGUGGAUUUCCAAAUGUUAGUGAUGACCAGAUUCUGUAAACUGUGCCUCCACUUUCCUGGCCCCCCAGAAUUUCAAAUAGUAUAAGCAGGUUCCCAGCAUCACCCUCCCAUUCACUCUUGCUGGUAGUUUUCCUGUAACCAUCCUGUGGACUGAUAUCGGUGGAGCAGAAUGUACCUCGUGCCCCAGAAUGUCCUCAGAGACUCGGGGCAGCGACGUGAGGUGGCGUUUCUUUUUUUGUGCGUGUUUUUUGGAGAGAUACGUCUUUUCUGGGGAGUGUCUAGCUAUGAGGAAUGUAUUGUCGAGACACUCAACAAACUAAAGCCACUGGAUCCCUUUGUGAAAGUAUCGCCACAGUGUUUGUCUCCAGAAGCCUGAAGAAGAUGGAAGGAAAUCACAGUCAUAUCAAAUAUUCCCUUAGGCACGGAUGUGUAUGUAUAUUAUGAGUACUAAUUGUGAGUUGAGCGAGUGCUGGAGGAGUGUACAUAUAAUAAUUCUGUCUUGUAAAAUCAGUGGUUUUGAUCCAUGCUCCACGAGGCCCGAAAGCUGGGUCGGAUAUUUACUUUAAAACAGUCAGAUGGUGGACUUUCUAAAUGUCCCACCAGCAGACUGAGGUGGCGGUGAACAUGUGAUGUUAUUAAAAAGCUGGUCAAGAAUAUAAAAGUGCUGAACCAGUCUGGCUUUCACUAGAGAGUCAUAGUGUCCUAUUGUGGCCUAGCUACUGUUUCACCCUGCUUUUUCACCCUGACAACCUGGGAAAACAUACCUUAAGACGUUAAUCAUCGGCUUAAAAUUCUGUGCUACCCGUCCGCGAUGGUUUUGAUUUACAAUUUUUAUCAGUAUCAGCCUUAAAAAAAAAACACCUUGCCAAUGAAAUGAUCAUUAGUUGGUAGGUUUUCAUUCCAGUUCUGCCGAUGUUAGGUGAUUGGAGAUGAGGAACAGUUGGAGCUGCUGCAGGGUUUUGGCCUCAUUUGAAGCACCACACACAGAUGAGAUCUUUAACACAGAUCACAUACGGCCACAAACUCUGGAGAAGCAGAGCUGCCACUGGAAGACGCGAUCUUGUUAUGAUGACAAGGUUUUUGAGCAAAAUGCAUUACAUGUUCAGCUGUUGGCUGCAAGACUGAACAUGAAAGUUUUCAUGCACUUUAUUUUUGUUAAUGAUGUCCCCACAACAAUAGGUAAAUCCUUAGUGUUAGCGUAUUGUGUGGCUAUCAUGGCUAAAGUUACCAUUUGCUGUGAUUGUAUGUCUACAGGUCAGAACUCUGUGGAAACUGUAAAACUGAGGGACAUUCAGAGAUGGUGGAAACUUUUAAGACAGAUUUGAAACCAGUAAACAAGGACUGGAUGGGUUACGGUGUUGUCAAGUCGACUGUUGUGCUUCAGUGCAGCCUGAACUUAGCUAGUAUUUACAUCGGUUUUCUUUUAUCCUGCUCUUUGUGCUCAUAUCUACUGCAUUUUAAUACAGUAGAAUUCUUAGUAAAGCUGUUCUCUUUUAAAUAUUUUUCUGUUUCUGUUGACAGACAACGGAACAAGAAUAAAAUAGUGGCUCAAACACAGUCCAUUAAGACUACGUGUUAACCAGCAGUCACUCCAGAGUCAUGUCCAAGCCUUUCAAGCUUCUUUGCAUCACUCAAUUACAGAUUUUAAAAACUCAUCAAACACAAGCUACAAACAACAGCUGUGAGAGAGUUAGAAGCCAUAGAAAGUCUUGAUCUCACACACUCAUGUCAAUCACAGGUGCGUGCAGAGUUUUCUUCCUGAAGGUGGCUCAGAACAGGACUAAAACCAGGGGUCAUGCAGUCAUGGUGAAAUGAACUUCUUUGCAUUGUUUUGAGCUAAAAAAAAAUUGAAAAACAUUCUGAGAAAAUGUGAGACUUUCAUUCAUUUUGGUGACAAGGGCACAAUAGGGCACUUUAAAAUGUGAUACUUGUAUAAAGAGUCUUUAUCUGUGUUUAUGAAUAAGUAGAAGGGUUAGUUACACUUGGCUCAAUCAUUUCAGUUGCUUCUGUACCUGCAGUCAUAGGAUGUAUAAAAAAAGAUGGAUGUAGGCAUAAAUAUGAGCUCAUUUCCAUGGCAAUCCAUCCGAUAGUUGCUGAGAUAUUUUAUUUCAGUAUUUCAGAUCGACUGGCACCCCCAGAGUUCUUCUUACAAUAGUAGACUUUGUCAUUAUAACAAGAUCUUGUUUUGUCACUGCAGUGGUUUUGGGUAGCUGGUGACAGUUCUGUUCAGCGUUAGGAACCUGCCUUAUGCAGACAGAAACACCGAAGCGUGUUGUACUUGUGGCCGACCCUCCGAGCAGCUGUGCAGUGCAGUAGCAGUAUUAUUCCCAGUGAUUCACUGUUGAUUUUGUCAAACCACUGAUGUAGUUUCACAGCACUGACAUGAAGCUCAGCGCUGCACUGUCUGCGCUCCGGAGGGAGAAACGAACCACAAAAGUGCUCAGUGACAAGGAUCCACAGGUCGCUUUCCCCCAAAACCUCCACUAAAACCCUGUGAAUUAGUUCUGCGGCGUUACUCAUUGAAUUAAAAAUCCACGGAAGUUGUCACUGUAUGAGCAAUAAAAGCGUUUGCCAUCAUUCGUUGUGGUAAAUUCUCCACCUUAGCUCAACAAACCCUCACUCCCUCCCUUGCUCACGCUCUGCUUGCACUAAAAAGUUCCUCUGAGUCGGAUGUUUCCCUUCCCUCAUGAUGAAAGUAAGCAGAAGUUCUCUGCUCUCCCAUGAUCACUGUCCAACUAUAGGGCCCUCCAUGAAUCUGCACUGUGUCUAUGUACACGAAAAGCUUCUUUUUCUCUGUAAGCAAUAAUGACGUUGCAUUAAAAGGCUCUCUGCGGGUUUGUCUUCUGCUGAAGGAUGCAGCAAAAUGUAGUUCUGUCAGCCAUACUUGAAAGAGCAUAAAUGCUGAGUUCCUGAAGUCAAUUUCCCAUUCGUUUUUCCCAGAGAAUUCAGGAGUCCUAGAAAACACAAUCAGACGUCACUAAGUCUGUGGUCAGCGAGCUUUUCAGUGCAGAUGCUGAAAUGAUCUGCAUGUCGAUGGGAAAAACGAAUGUGAAGUUUUCUUCUUUAGAGAGGAGCUGUGAUAAAGGAGGCAGGACAUUUCAGUUGUAUCGGCAUUCCUCAGCAGUUUGGACAUUUGUGUGCAUUUGAGAAGGAGUUAGGACUUCUUGGACCUAUGCACUGUUCAAAUGUAGACCAGUAGAUAAUGUGGUAAAAAGGGGGGGAUACUUCUUGUCCUCUAGGUCUGAAGACAAACCCCAUGAUUGGCUCUUCUUCAACAUGCAGGUUAGGUAAAGAAGAAAAUUAAAAAAAAUUAAAAAAAAAAUUAAGAAAAUAGUAAAACACGUUGAGUACCUGUAUUAUCUGUGUUCCUGUAGUAUAUAAAUAUGUGUAUUGUAACUGGUGACUAAUUAUGUAUAUAAAGAUUAGACCAAG